CCUGCAUCCCACCAACAAUGAAACAGCGAAUAACCUACUUGGUUGAAGACCCAGACUCCUUCACCCCAGAGCAGCUGCAAGUCAAGGAUGGGUCUCUCUCGUUGAUAGGCUUGAAAGCUGUACAGGAACACCGCGUUACCUUCACCCUAGAUGAGCUUCCCACAGAGCUACGUACUUCACUCAAGCAAUGGAGAGAGUUGCACAUCAAAUGGGCCUCUCACAAGCCAUACACCGCCAUCCCACCUUUCACAUCACGUGUCUCUCCAGGCCUCCACGUCUCCUUCACGCGGCGCAAAUCGGAGACCACGGGACAGCUCUGUGAACUCAUACACACGUUCUUCGAUCCAGCAGCAAAAUGUUCGUCUGGACCGGACGCAAACGAGGUCGCAACGCCACUCUUCCAAGUAGAUGAAGAUGGGAAGCAAACAGCCUCUGCCUCACUACAAUACUACACCUACCUCCCCCACCUCACCCAUUUCGCCUCCUUCCUAUCCUCAAACCUCUGCUCGGCAUCAUCCCAGUGUGCAGACCAUGCAGCCUCGCUCCAAGACGCCUCCUCCUUCGACAUCGACUACACCCCCUCCUCGCGCACCCUAACCCUAACAUCCCUCACCACCCCGCCCUCCUCAGGCUGGAAGACCCUCAUCCCAGCACCUUCCCCCGACCGUCCCGGGGACACAACUGAAGUCGGCGUCCUGACCCACGAACCCAACCCCGACCCCGAGGACCUCGCCUUCGCCGGCUUCCUAACCACCCUCGGCCCCGACGCCGCGCCCAAACCCACGCGCUUCCAGGCGCCCGCACGCCACUACCCGCUUCCCGCUUCGUCUCGGGAUCUCGCCUACAGCGCCAGCUUCGCGACACCAACGGGUCUGCAUCCCACCCUCGAACUCAGCUUCUCUCCUGCGGGGAGGUUGGCACCGCCCGACGAGAGCUGCGGCUUGUACGCGCACCUCACGCUCCCCUCGGCGCUCUUCCUCGACCGCUACCAGUUUUCCGACCCGCUGUUCCUGGCCUCCAAGAACCUCGUGUCCCUGCGCCACGUGACCGGCGCCACCGACCUCGAGGCCCCCGACUGGGUUGUCCCCCAGUGGGGCUCCGCUGCGCUCGUCCAACUCGCGCUCCCAGAACAAAGUCCCAAAGACGCGAACACGACUGCCUCCAUCCCCCUGCACCUGCGCUACCUCCCCGCCGCCCCCCGCGCACACACCCUCGUCCCCGCCCCCUGGCCCGUCGUCUUCUGGGCCUGCGACAUGGCCCAGGAUCCCAGCGGAAACCCGUUCGACCGCGUAAACCUAGGCUACGAGACAGCCUUCGCACCGGGCACGCGAUUCAUGCACGUUCCGCCAGCGACUGGGAAUGGAACGGCGGAGCUGGUCAGCUGGAUCGCCGUCCCGGUGCUGGACACGAGUGCGGCGGGGUGGGUCGAGAUGGGCACGAUUGGGGUUGUGGUGGCGGCGUUUGCGGGACUGUGUUGGGUGCUGUUUAGCGGUGGGGGGAAGAGAGAGGUGCAGCAGGACAAGAAGACGCAGUGAGGUGGGAGGGAGAUUUAGAUUGGCAGGCGAUUAGGUUGACAUCAGAGUGGCGUGGACUGGCCACGUAUUUGAUGGUGCAAUAGAUGCAAAAUGUGUAAAUGCAGCAGUAGUGGUAUUGAGUAGCAGUGACCGAUACUAUCGAAGCGUUGCUUCCAAGCGGCGCAUAAUUCACCU